AUGGGUCAUUCUCAGGAUGAUGAGUGUUCCGAAACGAGCACUUUCCUGCCUCAGGAACCCAUUUUGAUCAGCAGUCGCCAAAAGAAUGGGAGCCGUGUUUUGCGAUGGGUGCUGAUCGGAGCACUUGCUACCAGUCUCAUGAUAAACUGGGUCUCAAUGGUCGUUCUGAUUCGGUUCAGCAAUGCAAAGCCCGACUUUGGUGGUGACAUAAGCAAUGUCGCUCCCAAAUUCUCUCAGGAGCACAUCAAAUUCUCUUCAGGCAUGGCUGAGUACACCCUGAACUAUACAUCUUCAGAAGAGGCGAAGAUUGUGAGAGAGCGCUGGCAGGACCUUCUUCCCAAGGGCGGAGGAAAUGUGCAUAUUCCUGAUCACGAGAAGUAUGACAAACUUAGCGAACCCUUCAUCAACUCUGAAGGGGUGCCGAUGUGGAAGGUAUCGUGGGCACACCAACUCCACUGCUUGUACUAUGUCAUGGACGCCUACGAUCAAGUGGUGCGUUACGGCGCGACUGGGCAGGAGAACCAGGUUCAGCAUGGGCAUCACUCUGUGCACACGAACCACUGUUUCGACUACUUGCGCCAGGCCAUUCUGUGCAACGGCGACACGACUCUUGAAGGGCGCACAGAGCAUGACAACACGAAGGGCACCGAUGGCUACGGACAUACUCAUGUGUGCCGGAGCUACAACGAGCUCGUGCAGUGGGCUGAGGAGCGCAGGCUUGUGGAUGAGAGGUGGAUCAUUGCUUUCGACGCCCCAUUGUAG